AUUUGGACGUAGGCAAUAUGAGACAAUUCCUGAUGACCCGCAUUUGGAAGGUCACUUCAAUUCUCCCGAAAUAAUUAGGGAUAUAGUAUUGGGAUUAAGUGAUGGUUUGACUGUUCCUUUUGCGUUGGCUGCAGGCCUUUCUUCCCUAGGGAAUAAUCAUUUAGUAAUAACUGGUGGUCUUGCUGGCGCCAUUUCAAUGGGUUUGGGCGGUUAUUUGGCUGCAAAAUCAGAUGCAGACCAUUAUGAUACAGAAAGGCUUAGAGAAGAAUGGGAAGUUCAAAAUUGUCCUGAUGCUGAAGCACAAGAAAUUAUUGAUAUAUUAUCUCCGUACGGAUUGGAUGUUGCGACUUUGACUCCUAUAAUUGAAAAGUUAGCGUCUAAUCCGGAAAAAUUUGUUGAUUUUAUGAUGAGAUUUGAAUUGUGCCUUGAGAAACCAGAUCCUUCUAGAUCAUGGAAAAGUGCCCUAACUAUUGGAUUGGCUUAUUUCUUUGGUGGUCUUAUACCGUUGAUUCCUUACUUCUUCAUAGAAUCAGCAGUUGUUGGUUUAUACGUUAGUAGUUUUGUAACAUUGCUUGGUCUAGUUAUAUUCGGAUUUAUUAAGGCUAUGUUCACAGCACCAAAUAAGGCUUUAUGGGCAGCAAUUCAAACAGCUCUUGUUGGUGCGAUUGCUGCUGCUGCUGCGUAUGGUGGUGUAAA